GACCGCUCUAAGCUGUGAGCGCUCAUCUCUCCUCUCCUUCACCAGCGCGUCUUUUACUGUUGACAUAGAAACUUUGAAGAGGUGAGAGGGAAAACGUCAAAACGCUGACAAAUCCCCAUCGACAGCGCGUGUCAACAAACACAUUUAAGGGGAGGGGGGGGGGGAGAAAAGAACCAUCAAGUCCGAGAAAAGCGGUGGAGCCGGGAGAAAGACGGAGCUAUGCCAUCUCCCGCCGAGGAGAGCCCAGUCCUCCUCUGUUGUGUGUCGGAGCUGCAGCAUGGUGUCUCUCUCUGGACUCUGGACCUACUGCCUCGCCCCCUGGAGACCUCAUCUCCUCUUCCUCUCCGCCAGACCGCUCCUGCUGCUUCUUUUCCUAGCCGCCUUCUCCUCCCCGGAGUCCUGCUUCCCGCACCCUCAGUCUUGCCACAUACUCUCCCGGAUAGGACACACCGUGCGUCUCGGUGCGCUCUUGCCGACCCGCCAGCCGGCACGGAUACAAAACGCGCUCAACCGCGCCCUGGCGAGCCUCCGGCACCAGAUCGGAGGGGCAGACUCCUCCACGACAGCCUCCCAAACACCUCCUCUGCUGCCCUACAACCUGAGUCUGGAGAUGGUGGCGCGAUCGCCUGCGGGUGGGGACCCGGAGUCGUUGUCCCGUAGCACCUGCCAGGACCUGGUGGUCAGGGGGGUGUCCGCUGUGCUUGCCUUUCCCCGCUCCAGGGAAGAGCUGAUCCAGGUGGAGUUUCUCUCCUCUUUCCUGGAGAUCCCCUUCAUCUCCAUCCUAGAGGACACAGAGCCCCUUGUGACUAAGAACCGAUUCCACCUGCAGAUGUCAGCCCGUGUGCCUCCAUCAACCUUAGGCAGCCUGCUGCUGGCGGUCCUGCAGGGGAGAGAAGGGGACAGGGACAGAGGAAGCCGGGGGGAAAGCAGCUGGGGAGGAGCAGCUGUGCUCUGCCCCGGUUGGGAGGAAUGGGGUGAAGGGUUGCUAUCUCACCUGCAGAUGCACAGCGGUUCUAACUGGCAUUUGUGGGAUAUCAUCAACAUGACCCUCAUCUCCGGGGGCACGGAUAGAAGGGGGGAGACCAGGGAAGAAAAGAAAGAGGAUCAGAGGGAAGAUGAGGCUUUGAAGAUCCUCUCCACCCGUUUCCUUCGCUCCCCCUCUCCUAUCUCCUCCGUUCUCCUCCUGGGAUCUGACCCCGAGUGCCUCUCCUCCAUCCUGCGGGCCGCUCAGCGCCUCGCCCCAUUACUACCAGCGCUGCAGUGGAUCAUGGGAUAUCCCUUGUCUCCAGAUUCGCUCCACACUCUGGGAGGUCCCCUUGGACUGUUAGCCUAUGGGGAGGUGGGCCGCAAGCCAAUCAGCUUCUAUAUCCGGGAUGCUUUGCAGUUGAUUGGCCGCGCGGUCACUGCGGCGACCAUGGUGAGUCCGGACCUGGCGCUGAAUCCAAACAUGGUGAAUUGUUACGACAAACCAAACCAACAAGAGGUGCCCUCCUCCGGACAAUAUCUGGCCAGGUUCCUCUCCAACACUUCCUUCACCGGGGCCACAGGCCUGAUCCAGGUGGAUGCCGGCCUCUCUCGAGUCCUCACCUCCCAGCUGUUCCACGUGUGGAGCCUGAAGAGGGGUGCUCUUGGCCAGCCGGCCUGGGUGACUGUAGGCCAGUGGACCCGAGGCCGGCUGGAGCUAGAAGGGGGGAUCCUAGGACUGGUGGGAGGGUUCGGGAGCAGCCAGGGACAAGGUCUUGGAGCAGGAGUGAGGGGAGGGGAAGGCCAGGGGGACAGUAACGCUGGAGGACGCUGGAGGCCGGGAGAAUCCGUCGAGGGACACCGCCUGCGGGUGGUGACACUGGUGGAACACCCGUUUGUCUUCACGCGGGAGGUGGAUGAGGAUGGAUUGUGUCCAGCUGGUCAGCUCUGUCUGGAUCCCAGAACCAACCGGUCCGACUUAAUCCAGAGCAUCUUCAACCAGCUGCACAACCCAAACACUUCAGUUGCAGACUGGGAGGGGAACGAACUACCGGAGGACCUGAGGAAGUGCUGCUACGGGUACUGCAUCGACUUGUUGGAGAAACUGGCCGAGGACAUGGGUUUCACCUUUGACCUUUACAUCGUCGGCGAUGGGAAGUACGGAGCGUUGAGCGGGACGGGGCGCUGGACGGGGCUGGUCGGGGACCUGCGGAGCGGAACCGCUGACAUGGCUGUCACCUCUUUCUCCAUCAACUCUGCCAGGAGCAGGGUCAUCGAUUUCACCUCGCCCUUCUACUCCACCAGCCUGGGCAUUCUGGUUCGUAGCCGAGACACUGCAGCCCCCAUCGGAGCCUUCAUGUGGCCUCUCCACUGGUCCAUGUGGGUGGGUAUUUUUGUCACGCUCCAUCUCACCGCGCUCUUCCUCACCUUGUACGAGUGGAACAGCCCCUUCGGCAUGACACCUCAUGGCAGGAACAGGCUGCGUGUGUUCUCCUACUCCUCCGCCCUCAAUCUCUGCUACGCCAUACUGUUUGGACGUACUGUCGCCACCAAGACUCCUAAAUGCUGGACCGGGCGCUUCCUGAUGAACCUUUGGGCCAUCUUCUGCUUACUGGUGCUGUCUAGCUACACCGCCAACCUAGCUGCGGUCAUGGUCGGGGAGAAGACCUUCGAGGAGGUCUCAGGAAUUCAUGACGACAAGCUGCACCAUCCAUCCAUGGGCUUCCGUUUUGGGACGGUGAGGGAGAGCAGCGCUGAGGAUUACAUGAAGAAGAGCUUCCCAGAGAUGCACGAAUACAUGAGACGCUUCAACCAGCCAACCACCCCAGAGGGCGUGCAUAUGUUAAAGACAGAUCCUCCUGCCCUGGAUGCUUUCAUCAUGGAUAAAGCCCUGUUGGACUUUGAGGUCUCCAUUGACGCGGAGUGCAAACUACUCACUGUGGGGAAGCCUUUCGCUAUUGAAGGCUACGGUAUAGGCCUGCCCCAGGGCUCUCCUCUAACCCGUAAUGUGUCAGAGUUCGUGAGUCGCUACAAGUCUGAAGGCUUCAUGGACAUGCUACAUGACAAAUGGUAUAAGGUUGUGCCCUGUGGGAAGCGAGUCUUCGCGGUCACUGAGACUCUACAGAUGGGGAUCCAGCAUUUUUCGGGCCUGUUUGUGCUGCUGUGUAUGGGGGUGGGUGGAGCCUUGCUGACCUUGGCAGGUGAACACACCUUCUAUCACCUGGUCAUCCCUCGGCUCCGGCGCACGCACACGCUGCAGUACUGGCUGCACACCAGCCAGAAAAUCCACCGAGCCCUCCACACCACGUAUGAGGAUGUUGGAAAGGAGCUGACAGACCUCGACCAAAACCCCUCCUCUUGUAUCUCAGAGAACUGCACCCUACACAGGAAACAGCAUCAGCCUCCUCCCCCAUCUCCUCCCACGUCCCUCCCUGCUUCCACAACAGCUGGAGACACCUGCAACUCCUCACCAUCCCAUGAGCCCAAGGAGAAACGCGUGCACUUUGACCUGGAAACCCUCCACAGCUACCGUCUGCGCACACACACCGCCUCGGUGCGCGGCAGACCUGGUAUGGUCGGCCGUCCUGGGCUCGGGUUAGGAGGGUGGGGGCUGGGCAGUUUUACCUCCCCUCCACAAAUUAGCCUCCAUGCUAACGGGGGCCCCGUCUGUUCACUGGCUUCCACAGGCUUGGUGCUCACUCCCCUGGGGAGCAGGGCCGCUCAGACCAGCCUAUGGGAGGGGGAGCUCCAAGACCUGCAGGGGAAGAUCGAGACGUUCCGCACCCAGCUGAGAGAGGCUCUGGCCAGGAGAGCAGAGAUCCAGAGCAGCCUGGAGAGAGAGAGGAGCGGCCUUGUACGCAGGGAUACCAGUCUGGAGAGGGAAAGGGACAGACAGAGGAUGCAAACUAUUAACACAGACAGAAGUAGCUCCACUCAGCCCAAGCUCCCAGAGAGAGACAGGACCAGCCAACUGCAAACCCUGAAUAAUCAACAAACAGGGAGGGCUAACCAAUCAUGCGGUCCUGGGAACCUGGAGCACCGGAGAAGCAGCCAGUUAAACACAGUGAACAGUUUGGACAGAGGGAGAGGCAACCAGUUACGGUCUGUUAAUACUUUGACGGGAGAAAGGACUGUCCAAUCACGCACUUGCACCAGUUUGGAGCGAAGUCGAGUCAACCAGCCAGGGGCUGGAAACAUAACUGUCCAAUCACGGAACACUUCUAGCUUGGACAGACAGAUGAGUAACCUAUCACGCACUCUGAACACUUUGGAGAGUACAAAAGCCAACCAAUCAAGUUUAAGCAGUGGAACUUGAUUGUCUUUCUGAAGCCUCCGGUGUGUAGGAUCACAAAAGGAGUAGGACAGUUGGUACUUGCAUAGCCGUGGGAAGAUGGCUUUGUUGUAAUGGGUUAAGUUUAGGGGACGCUUGCUAAAAAAAAGUAUAUGUUAAUUCACACCAUUACUUACUGCUAUCUAAUAAUUUUUACACUCAGAAUUAUUUCCACACUCGCUUAAAAUCACAACUAAAAAAACAUUAACUGCAAUUCAAGAUCUUGUAAAAUGUCUAUAUUAUCCAUGAAAUCAUAAAUAAGCAAUGUAAUAUUUUGGAAUGAAAGCCAAUAUAAUUUCAGUCAAAACUUUCAGUCAAAACUCAGAAAAUGGGAUUAGCCAUGGGAUUAUGGGUAAUCUGGCAAUACUAAAACCACCGUGUUUAUUGAGGAGACUUGGGGUUCGCAUGAGGACCUGCCAAUCAGGGCUGUCUGAAAACACAAGCCUGUCACCCGAAUGCAAAUAAGGCCCGUUACACAGAGAAGCACAUGGAGACUUCAGCGACAACAGCACAGGAAUAAUCUGUUAGGCAAAUGUGAAAAAAACACAAAACACAACUAUUUGAAAAUGCAGACCAACAUCUGUGUGCCAGUAGCACGAGAUCAAAAUG